AGGAGUCAUACUUGUUCGCUACAUGUGCUAAAAGAGCAAAAAACAAAAAAAGCAUUUAACGGCAUCCUCGAAGCGCUUCUUUCCUUGCGUAUAAAAGGUCCGAAUGCAUAAGCGCUGGAGUCACGAGGCGGCAAAAGUAGCACAGAACCUCCUCCCUCCAUCUCUUACAUAUAUCUUCAUACAUAUCUUCCUACCAGCAAUGCAAACCACCCAGCUGCGUAAUGUCACUACCGCCGACGCCCCCUUCAACGACCCCACUGAUUGCGUCGACCUGGUAAUUCGCACAGUCGACAACGUCGACUUCUUCGUCCUCAGCACACUUCUAUCACUGCGAUCCCCAUCGUCGUUCUUUCGUAACGUUCUGCAAGAUAACCAUCAUACGGAAGAAAGGGACGGAUUCCCCAUCCUCGAGGUCAGGGAGGACAGCCACACCUUCCGAUCUAUCCUCCUGCUCUGCUAUCCGUGUGUCUCUCCCGAGAUCAACAACAUCGAGCAGCUCGUGGUGGUGGGAAAGGCCCUCGACAAAUACUGCAUGGAUAACGCUUGUGAACAGUUCGUCAAGGCCGUAAUCGCGUCGCCUCUCAUCAGAGAGAAAGGCCUACUGGUCUUUGUCCACGCCGUUCUCAACGGGUGGAAGGAACUAGGUGAGGCAGCAGCGAAGAGCACGCUCGCAAUACCUCUCGCCCAACACCCUGACUUUGAGGACCUAAAACUCCUUGAUGCCCUCCAGUACAUUCGCCUUCAAGAUUAUCACAGGAGGUGUAGGAAAGCCACCCAGGCCGUCAUGUCGGGCGAAACAGAUAUACGCAUGCCAUUCCUGAGAGGCAACAUUUCAGAUAUAUUGUUCCUACGACCCAGAACAGGAUACCAGCAUACCUGUGCAUUUUGUGGAACGCCCCUACAGCAAAAGAUAGACGGUGGUUCCGGUUUGGGGUACAUCGCUCACUACUGGGUGGCCGAUUAUGCUGCAGCACUGAAGGUGUGGGCGCUGGGAAGCCCCCGCCUGGAAACCGCCCCUGAUGAAGGUAUCAUUGCCCACGCAGUCGCGAAGAGUGUCUCGCAGUGCCCCAACGCCAAUGAAGAAUGGAUGAAGAUUGCUCUCAGCCAGAUUCGCAAAUUCGGGAAGCGCCUCAUAGAGGAAAUCAACAGACAGAUUUCGCAGGUGCCGUUGAACAUCGAUUGGAAGAAGUAACGAUAGUCGAACGGUUGCUUUGACUUAGGACAUGGUUGUACUUUUCAUUAUAUAUUGCAGUUGACAUUUAUCGAUGGCCCAAGCUCUAGUCCUCACGCAAACGAGGUACUCAAACCUCAACCUACCAGGGAGAUAUCGAUGUGAUGAACGUGAUUUUACGAGCCAGAUACGCAUCGGAACGAGAACGUUGAUCCUUACACGCUUUCCAAGGCGCAUCGAGAAGUUUCUAUUCCUAAAGUAGUUCCCAAGAUUAUUUCGUAAGAUUAUUUCGUAGAUGCGGUUGAGACACAGUGCACUAUCGACUAAGCAAGUAGUCAAACUUGGCGUCCAUUGUUAAGAUUUUCGCAUCAGAGGAGUCGGAUUUGUUUCACUACACAGAGAUAAAUUUUCACGCGUGUCUGUAAACUAGUGCUAAAUACUUAGUCUCCCC